AUGAAUAAACCAAAGAAAUAUUCAUACUAAUAACAUAUUUGCUUGUAUUUAUUAACAAAAUAUUCAAAUUCUCAAGGUUUAGAAGUUUAUAAUAAGUAUUAACAAUAAUCAAUCGUGGUUUUUACAUGAAAAUACAGUCUUUUUUUAAAUUAACCCAAAUAGUAAUUUAGAAGAAUCAUAGCAUUUUUUAUUAAACAGAGAAUAAUUAUUUCUCUCAUUUUCUUACUAGAACAUCCUUUUGAAUAGAGCAGAAAACAAUGAUUUGAGUCAAAUUUUAUUUACAUAAGGAUUUUUGGUUAUUUUAUUCAUUAAAAGAAAAUCCUAAGUAAUUGUANUCUUAAAUUUAGUAAGAAUAGCAAUAGUUUUUUAUCUGCCGGUUUUGAUAAUUCUAUUCGAUGUUGGAUAUAAAUUAAUGAAAAAGAAUGGAAGAGUUCUUAAUCUUAUUAUUAGCAUACUAGUUUUAUAAACUGCUUAAUCUUAAAUCAAUCUGAAAAUUAACUUAUUUCUGGAGGUUGUGAUAAUUCAAUAAAAAUUUGGAAAAUAGAUUUAGUUAAUAAUUAAUUAACCUAUUUUUAUUCAUUAGACAAACAUAAAAGUAGCGUUUAUAGUUUAUGCUUAAAUCAAACCGAAGAUACUUUGGUUUCUUGUGGUGAUGAAAAAUAGAUAAUAGUUUGGAAAUAAGAUAAUGAACAAAAAUGGGAAUUUGGAUAUGAAGUUACAUAAUCAAUUUAAGAAGUUGGAUGCAGAUUAUGCUUUAUAAAUGAAGACUAAUUUAUUUUUGUUACAGGAAAUCAAGUAAGCAAAGAUUGUAUAAGCACAUUUGAACUAAAAAAUUAAAAAUAUCAAGAAAACUUGGAAAAGGAACUAAGACUAAAUAAAAAUGAUUAACAACCUGAUCUCAAUUUAUUUCCAAUCUGUUAUGACAAAAAAAAGAAUUUAAUGAUUGUAAAACAUAAAUAGUGCGUUUAUUUGAUCAAAAUAUCAAAUGAAGGACAAUUAAAAAUAAUCUCAUAGAUAAAAUAUUAAUCAAAUGAUAUUUUUGGAGCAUUAACUAAUGAUGCAAAGUAUAUAGUUACUUGGGAUAAUGAGGGAUAGAAAUAUAAUGUGUAUGAAUUAUAUAUUAAUUGA